AUGUCAGAGAUAAAGAGGAGGAGUAAAGAGCAUCACGGUCUAGCACCGGCCAAAAGAUCAAAGACUGUGAAGUCCAAAAACCCUGUCAAUACAGAAACUCAACUUUCUGAAUGUUUCAAGACUGUAUCGACAUCGCUUUAUGUUUCAUUGGCGCCUACAUUCAACAAUGACCCCGUGAUUGGAAUUAAACAACAACAUCUAGAUUCAUUGGUGAUGAAGUUCCAUCCAAAGUUGAAGGGGGUAGUUCUAUCAUAUUCAAAUAUAGAGUUAGAGACGGAGGCACAUGAUCAAAAUCUCGCGAAAAUAGAAGGUUCUUCCCCAUUCACAUUUAUCUGGGUCAAUGUGCAGUUUCUAAUCUGGAGUCCAAGCGUCGGUGACAUAUUGGAAGGAGACAUUUUCAUGCAAACUCCAUCACAUUUGGGAAUAUUGAUUUGUGAUGUAUUCAAUGCAUCGAUUAAACGAUACAAUAUCCCUAUGGGUUGGAGUUUCACGAGCAAUCAACAGGACGAGGUAGUGGAAAGCGGUGACAAAAAAUCGUAUGGGUAUUGGAGCGACGAAAAUGGACAAAAAGUUGAUGGUAAAAUAAAGUUUACUGUGAAGAACGUUUACACCACCGGACGUGUUGUCAGCAUUGAAGGUACAUUGAUUGGGCCAGGUGAAGAGAGAAGUGCUCAACCUGUUUAUGAACAAAAACAUAGCUCAAAAUCAGUGUCAAGCGGUAAACAUAAGAAGUUUGAUGACGAUGAGGAGGAGGAGGAGACAAACACUGCUGUCACCACAACUGAAAUCCCCGAGCCCAAUGAAAACGAGGACUUACCUGCCUACAUCAACAAUAGUGAAAACGAAGAUGAAGAUGAUCAAAUUGUAAACAAGUCCGAUUCAGCUGAAGAUGAAGUAGAAUCCGAUUAA